AUGUCCCAGCUUCGCAGGGUCGAAAAAAUCAAGACUGUCCUCGAAACCAUCAAAGAACAACGUUGGACCUCUGUCAACGACUUUCUGCUUGCGUACUACAACAGCAAUGAUCCCGACAUCGCCCAACAAGCCCGACGCAACAUCGCUUACACGGAUGGCAAACGCUUUGCCCCCGCGCAGAUCCUUGACUCGUGGUUGGAGUCGGCGCACGGAGAGACGAAGCAUCAGCUCGAGCUGAUGAUUACACAUAAAGCCGCUGACAUUCUCGUCAAGGAAUCGACAAAGGCUUGUCAUGACCAUAAACUCAAGCUCGCCUCGACGAAGGUUGACACGGCAUACCUCUCGACGGACUUCGCACUAUCAAAACUCGCCGCGAUGUAUCAGGCCAUGUUGCCAUGCAUGUGGUUGUUGCUCAUGACAGUCCUCACUGCGACAAAUGAUUACGAGCGAAAGAAGAAGAAGGAGAAGAGAGAUAAAGACUCGAAAAUUCCCCCGGUGAUUGUCAUCAUCAUCAGCAUGCUUCUAUUUGCUCGCAACCGCGCAACAAAUCUAUUUCAAGUGGUCAUUGGCAUCUUCUUGUCGAGCACGGGAGCGGGGCGCCGGGUCAUCAAUACCUUCAAUCAUAUGGGCCUAUCUAACUCAGGAAAGCGUUCGCUAUUCACACUGCGCGAUCUUGCGCUCACUCCGGAAAAGCAAGCCCAGCUCACGGACGCCUUCCGCCACCAUACGGGAGGUCGACGGAGUCGGAAGCUAUGGAAGCGGGUCAAGGAAUCGAAGCCACAGAUCCGGGUUCUCUCGCACGAGAAAACAGAAUUCUAUCCUCUUCCAGCACUCGCGCAAGAAGAAGCCUCGGUGGCAGGAACUAUCAAAGUCGUUGUGAAGCUCUUCACCCAGGUGCUCGGCCUGGUCGAAGAGGUUGUAGUGUCGGAGCUACGGCUACUCGUUGGCGACUGGUUGACCAUCCGCAACUUACGCCUUAUGAAGGAUGAAGUGGCCGAGGAAUUUACGGCGUUCGCACGGAUGGAUUGGGUCCAGGAGGUAGCAAUGCCUUUUCAUUUCCAAUUGAAUGCGAUGUACAUGCUGUUCCGUACACACCUCGGGUUCCCAGGCGACAACAAUCCCAGCUCGCUCGAACAUCACCGGAUGCUACUGAAGCGAUCCAAACUCGACCCGAAGAAACCUGAGUACAACAAGGCGAAGGAACUUGUGUAUCAUUCCCUGAUUGCACGGAUCUUGGACUGUACCCGCACAUCACUUGGCUAUGAUAACCAUCAGAAGCUCAAGAGCUGGAAGCCAAAAUGGGAAGAUUUCAAUGCUGUAGUCAACAAGAUCGUGGCGGACUAUGCAUCGACGAGGGCUGCACAUACAGCACUGCUCACAGGUGACGAGGUACUUGCACAUUCAAUCCUGUUCAUCCGUGAUGCCCUGCUCUUCCGAGAAUUUUCGGAGGCCAUACAGGAUGCGGAUGUGGGUCGUAUGUGGCUUGUACAUGAUUUCUGGGUGUUCAUGAUGCGCGGGGCGGGUUGUCACAACUAUGGGAACGAGAUCCUCGAGAUGAAGGCACAAUUUACCAUGUAUCCCUCCUAUGCUCUGUGA